AUGUUUCCAAAUGACCACACUAAUACCUCCGAUGUGAUGGCCCACAGUCACGCCUCGCGAGAACCGACGACGUCCGAUUUUGACCCGGAUCAUGAGGCUCUAGUUUCCACAAGGCAACUGGACAACGACCACCUCCAUCCUCAGUCAAAACGUGCAAAUUGGGACGACGCGCACGCGGAACAAGAACCAGAUCCUGACUUUGUCAUUAACACAUCUGCUCUUCACAGAGCUUUCCCAGACUUUUCUGACGCAUCCAGCUUGGAGGAGGAGGAGGAGGAGGACGACGAGGACGAGGACGACCUUUCGGUCGAAAUGGGAAGGGCAGCAAAGAAGACAUCCCAACAGUUGGAUGAUUCGCGAGAUUCAGUCAUGAGUGUCGAUGGGAGUAAAUACUCUGCAUUACCAGCGGGUAGGGAAGGUCGUUUUGGAAGCCGCUCCCCAAGGGCUCCCUUGCGCCCAAUUACCAAUCGAGCUUCGACUGGAAGAGAUAGCCUUCGCAAAGACGCUCAGAUACGACGCGCCAGCCUCGCCAUGAAGGAUAGCAACCAGCCUAAAGAUAUAAAACUCAAAAGCGGAAGCCAACGCCGCACUUUAUCUGAAAUUCACGCGAAAGUCAAUGAGACGUAUGAUGGAUCAUACAUCAGCGACGAACGACCGGCAAAGGUGACACUCACCACCCGAAAUACGCGUUUCAGCAACAGGAGAACAAAUGACCAAAGUUCCAGGCUCGCGGACGCGGGAAACAAAGCUUCCGGGAAAAAUUAUCUCAAACAUUACAAUGCUGGAGACGUGGAACAGGCACAAUUAAGAAGACAACUGCCAUCGAAAACCACUGACAGCAAUGGAACCACGGACAAUCCCACACACCAAUCAUAUGCGCUUCCUGACAUCCCUGAUCUCUCUGAACUCGUCUCGGGAAUCUAUGAGGAUGGAACCCCGAAGGGACGGUCGCGAACAACGCGUUUCACCUCGCCUCCCGCCAUGGGAGUUUCUACUUCUCAACCCCCUGAACACCUACCCCUUGAUUCCAUUCCAGUUCCGGAUGACGAAAAGGCUAUUUUUGUUUCAUUGAAAUUGCUUCAAGAGAAAGUUCAAGCAUUGCAAACAGACAAAUCCGACAUGGAAAUUAGGCUUGAGGAAAUGGAGGAGGAAAUUUUAAUUCUGAGAAACGAAAAUGCACGACUUCGAAAGCAAGACAAAAAACGCUUUAGUAUGGAUGGUGGCGAUGAAGAUAUUAACAAUGGAGGGGUUGGCAAACUCUUUAUCCAAAAAAACAGAUUGGAAGCGGCAAAUUUGGCACUUCAAAAUCGGUUGGACGUCUCCAUCCGCAAAAAUUCAAGCCAUGAGACGACGAUUAAGCACUUGACGCAAGAACGAGAUUCCGCCCGGACUCAGUUGGGCGUUGCCUAUCUUAAUAUAGAGGAACUCAAAUUGGAAAAUGAUGCGUUGGCACAGGAGAACGAUGAAAUGAGGAUCCAGAUUGAGUCGAAUGCGUUCCCCGAGGCAGCGAAUGACAGUAAACCUAUAGAGAUGUGCGACUCCAAAACGAAACGUCGAGAAGCGACGGCCAUGGACCCAACCAAAGCAACGAAACCACAUCGAAUAAGGACCAAACAUGCCGAAGAUCCCGAUGCGAAUGGAUCAAAUGAACAAAUUGGUUUCGACACCCGUCGACGGAACUCUAAUAGAACGCAACAGGAUCGUUCACAACCGUGCGUGCCCUCUGCAGUCAAAGUGGCUGCUUCCAAGCAGCAGAAGCAAGCGGAGUAUGACUCCCUUUUUUCUCUCGACUUGUCUCAUCUUUCAGUUCAGCAAUCUACACAACAUACAAAGAUGCAAGCAAAUACUACCCAAAAGAAACUCCCCAACACUAGUAAACUGCGCACCAAGAAAGCUGUUGUUGAGUACAUGGAAGAUUCCAAUCUUUCCGAGGAAGAGAUGGGUACGGAAACUCGAGGCUUCCGCAAUCGGACUGGACCGACGAAUGAUUUGACAUUCUUAAGCUUUAUUGAUGCCAACGAGAUAGCUAAACUUCGCAAAACACUGGAGGAGGAAAGGGUGGCUCGCAAAACCUGCCUUAGCCGGGAAUUGACUGAGCAAACCAAAACUGGCAAUUUUGGGACAAGACUCUUAGGGAACGCUACACAUAGCAUACCGUUUAAGUCAUCUUUGAAAAACACUUCAUCCAAGGCAUCGCGCCCCGUAAUACUUGAAGCGACAGAUUUUACCGGAACGGAACAUAGAUCAGUUGCAAAUACUCGCGAUUUAUCGCAGCACAACCUUACGAACCAUUCCACAUCUACAGCUGGUCCACGACGUAGGUUAAAUAAGACGGAGGAGAUGACUUCGGCGUUUAUUCUCCCUGAUAUCACGUUGCAUGCAAUUUCCGGAAAAUCCGGAGAGCCACCCAAGUUGUCCGCAGCUGCUCAGCGUGUUUUAAAUGAGGUAGCGAAACAUGAUGGGAAAAACUGUUCCGUUUGCAAAAACGUUAUCGACAAGAACUGCAUACAUGGCCUCAGCAACAGAGAAGGGCAGGUCUCCUUUAAAGUCACAAAACCAGUACCUGUGUCCGCUCGCGUGCCAGAGCCAUCCCCGUAUAUUGAAGAGCCGACUCUCCGCCCGUCACAGCAACCAGCUCUGGCUCUCGCAACAGUUUUGAAGGCACUGGAGGACGAGUUGGCCCACCUAAAAAUGCAACUUGUUUUGCAACAAACGGCACUGAACAAACACGAUGCAUCUCUUCGCAAAAAACAACGGAAGUCCAUACUCCGUAAAUUUGAAUUCCUUCUGAGAGAAAUUGAUACAAAAUCUGAUCAGAUAUAUGCUUUGUAUGAUGUUCUCGAGGGUCAGAAGGAGGAUGGCCAUGAGAUGACACAACAGGAGGUAGAUGUUACUUUGCAAUCGAUUGGACUCGGUGGAAAAGAUGGCAGUGAUCUUACCGAACGUCUUGGCCAUGACGGUUAUGAGGGGAAAGGCGUUACCGGGGGUGCAAACAGCGACGGUGAUAGCGAUUACGACGACCCGCCUUGGGAAGGGUUUGAAAGCACUGGCCAUCUUACGGGGCGGAAUUUUCCCAAGAAGCUGGCAAAAAGUUCCUAG